GGAUGAGGGAACUUUUUAGACUCUUGAUGGAGAAGUAUACCUGCCCCAAACCCGCCCCAUUGCGUAUCUACACCUCUGUACAGCCGUUGGGAGAUGAAGCGCAGAUAUGCCAAGCAUGGGUGAAGACCACACUUGCGAACAAUUGUGCAGAUUCGAUCACUUAUUAUAGGAUCAUCUCUUAGUUUUGUUCUUCUUCUACAACCUGACUCCAUCCCGUUCGUAGGUUUGACUUGUAGAAUCAUUCGGUGCUCAUCAUACCGGGAAAUACUCCAUCUCUUUGGCGACGUUCUUCAACAUGCAGUCAAAGAAAAGGGGUCUUUCCUUAGAGGAGAAGCGAGAGAGAAUGCUGCAAAUCUUUUAUGAUUCUCAAGACUUUUUCCUUUUAAAGGAGCUUGAGAAGUCGGGGCCUAAGAAAGGUGUGAUUAGCCAGUCGGUAAAAGAUGUUGUCCAAAGUUUGGUGGAUGAUGACCUUGUUUCAAAAGACAAGAUAGGGACUUCUGUAUAUUUUUGGAGCCUUCCUAGCUGUGCAGGGAAUCAGUUAAGAAACGUGUAUAGAAAGCUUGAGACUGAACUCCAAAGCAGUAAAAAGAGACACUCAGAGCUUCUUGAACACUCUACGAAUUUGAAGAAAGGACGUGAGGAAUCUGAUGAGCGAGAAGAGGCUCUAGAGGAGUUAAAAGCUACUGAACAGAAACACAUGGAGUUGAAGGAAGAGUUGGCACAGUAUGCAGACAACGAUCCUGCUACUAUUGAAAAAAUGAAGAGUGCAGUUCAAGUCGCUCAUGCUGCAGCCAACAGAUGGACAGGUCAUUUACCAGACACCAGAAUCACCAACUUCCUAGGGAAGUACUUUUACUGGUACAAACAUGCUGUAAUAGUUCAGAGGGAGUGGACUUGUACGAAGCUUGCUUUGAUUGAACAAAUGCUUUUGGGUAGUGCAGAUAGCAUCUUCACUCUGAGAGAAUGGUGUUCCAACAAAUUUCCUCAGGCCAAAGAGCAACUUGAUCACCUUUACAAUGAGGUGGGUAUCACAGACGAGCUCGACUAUUUGGAGCUACCUGUGGCGGUCCCCCAUCUCCCUGGCAAAGACCAGAUAGUGUGACUAGUGAGUGAGAGACUCAAUUUACGUGUUCUAAAAAAAUGCUUUCCAUUUGCAAAAAAUUGUUUUCUGUACAACCACUCUCUGCCUGUCAGCCAAACUGGGCAUAGUUUUCACUUGAAUGUGUGGUGUAUGCAUGCAUACAUGCUCUCUUGUUGAAUCAUUAAGCCAGCAUGAUGAGUACAAUUGGAUGUAUCGACUAUACCAGUGGUUUAAUUUAGGGCGGUUAUCAUUAUACAAUAUAUGCUUGUGGCAUCACAUUCGUCUGAUCUUGGUCUAUUCUUUGAAGUUUCACCUUUAUAUCAUCGGCGC